GCCCUGGCAGGUUGGGUGGUCCUGGAGAGGUCAGUGAGAGCUGGCUGCAGCUGGGGGAGUUCUUGGAACACCAAAUCCCAGCCUGGCGUGGCUACAGGUGCUCCAGGUUGAAGUCUGGGGGUCCCUGGGUUGGGAUGCACCAGGGAUUUCCCCGUGCGCAGCAGCUUUAGCCUUUGCCUUGCCUUUCCCAGGGGCUUUCAGCUGGUCUGGGCAGGGACUGGCUGCUGAAUCAGGAGAGGGCUGCUCACAAAGAGGGAUGGAAAGGGGCAGCGACCUAUGGAAGCUGGGGCUGGGGUGUGUGUCCUCAUUUCAGGACCUGGCCCCAUAUCCUGAACCCCUUUCCUGUAACCCCUGCAGCUGGGGCCGGACCGGGGCACUUCUCCAGCACUGAGCGUCCCCGAGGACCGCGGUGCCUGCGGCUUGCACCGGUGUCACGUCCCGCUCAGCCCAGCCAGACGUAAUUAGCUUGUUGAAUCUCUUCUCCCUCCGGCCUCGCGUUAAUCACUUUUCACACUGCUUCCCUCCCGAUUCCCUCCGGCCGGGCUCUCGCUGUGUGUCGCAGAUGUGCCCGGUGAGGGGAGCGAGGGGACAUGGCUGGAAACGGGGCUGCGUCCUGCACCAGGGGUGGGCUGUGACGGAGGGGCAGGGAGGUCCCUCGGCCACGAGGAGGUGAGAAAAUCGCAGGUUAGAGAUAAAAUAGGAAAUUCAGAGAGUAUGGGAGGGUGUUGGGACGGGUUUGUUGAUGUGGGAUGGGGCACAGUACCAUCCCAGUACGGUGAGCGGGGAGCUUGGGGGAGUCCCCGUGCGUAGCUUGGCUCUGGGGUCUUUGCCACCACACAUUGCUUUUGGGGUGGCAGGCAGGGACAGCCUGACAUGCAAUCUAUGCAUGCACUGGCACCCGCUCUGCGGCCCCCACAGCACGGCUUUUAGGGCCGGGGGUGUGGAGAUGACCAACAGUGGGGUGCCUGUGGGAUCUGGGCUCAGAGCUGGCCCUGAAGUCCCUUGGGUCCAUGCACGGGCUCUGCCCUCCCCCGGGUGCCCCGAGGGACCCCGGAGGGUGCUGGGGCGGGGAGAGGGAGGGCCGAGGCAGCUCUCCCCUCCCCUCCCCUGCCCUGCCCUCUCCUGCCUCACCAGGUCUGCUGCUGCCGGACCAGCUGGGGCUGCACGGCGGGGGGAUGUCGGUUAAUGGGGCACCCUGGGACCCUCAGGGGCUGCAAACGGUGGGCAUCAUCCUGCUGCUCUGCUCCAGCCUCAAGCUGCUCCACGUCUUGGGCAUCAUCGACCUGACCGGGGGAGACAGCGUCGAGGAUGAGUUUGAGCUCUCCACCGUCUGCCACCGCCCCGAGGGGCUGGAGCAGCUCCAGGAGCAGACCAAGUUCACCCGCAAGGAGCUGCAGGUCCUGUACCGAGGCUUCAAGAACGAGUGCCCGAGCGGCAUCGUUAACGAAGAGAACUUCAAGCAGAUCUACUCACAGUUCUUCCCGCAGGGAGACUCCAGCACGUACGCCACCUUCCUCUUCAAUGCCUUCGACACCGACCACGAUGGCUCCGUCAGCUUCGAGGACUUUGUGUCCGGGCUCUCCAUCAUCCUGCGGGGCACCAUCGAUGACCGCCUGAACUGGGCCUUCAACCUCUACGACCUGAACAAAGACGGCUGCAUCACCAAAGAGGAAAUGCUGGACAUCAUGAAGUCCAUCUACGACAUGAUGGGCAAGUACACCUACCCGGCCAUGCGGGAGGAGGCGCCGCGGGAGCACGUGGAGAACUUCUUCCAGAAAAUGGACCGAAACAAAGACGGCGUGGUGACGAUCGAGGAGUUCCUGGAGUCCUGCCAGAAGGACGAGAACAUCAUGCGGUCCAUGCAGCUCUUCGACAACGUGAUCUAGCUCCCGGACCUGCCUCCAGCCGAGCUCUCCUGCCACCGGGCCCAGAACCUGCUUCUCUCUCGACUUCUCCUUCGAGCCUCCCCGCUGCUGGCUGCCACCCGGAGAUGUGGUCGGCACCGGGACAUUCCCUCCCCCUGGGCCAGCCCUGCUUUCCUCAGGGGGCCCCACGCAGGUGCCCCCAGAUGCUGGAGUGUGGGCACAACUAGCACAGGGCAUGCAUCUGGCCUUGGCGGGCAUCCUUGCACCCGAUCCCAGAGGGAAUGCUGCAUCCUCGGGCUGCUGUAGGGGCUCCCCUGUGCACAGCAUCCCAGGUAGCCACAGCCCCCACACCCCAACCCUCCCCAGGAGCCCCAGCACUGGCUCCAGCCCAAACCCUCCAGCACCACUGUCUAGGAACUAAUAAAGAGUCUUGCAGCGGG